GGCUGGCUGGCGAGUCUACACGAGGGGUUGGUAUGUUUUCCGUCAGGUGUUAAAUUGAGCUUACGCUCCAUGCAUACAUGGACAUGGAGCGCAUGUGAGUUAGAUCUAUUGAUCUGCUUACAAAUUGACAGUAUAGAUACUAUACAUAGAUAUGGUUAUUCCCAAACUAUAUAAUUAUGGUAGAUCUAAGACUAUGAUGAUCGUUAUUUGGAUGUUUAUUGUAACUUCCCGCACAAGGGAAAACAAGGUGCUCGCAUGCAUUUAGUAUAAGUUUGUAUGGAUUGCACACAAUAAUUAUAUCAUUGAGACAGAACUUACUGUAGCAUUUCAGCCUGCUAACAAGUGAGCAGAGAUUUGACUGAUAGAUCUAUAUAGGCUAUAUAUAGCUGUUCGUUUCUAUUGACAAUACUAUGCUUAGUUCAAGUUUAUUUUCGCUGCUGUGUGUAACUCUCACUCUCAUCUGUGGUGGAAGCACUGAAGGGCAAAAUAAUGAUUUACCAGUUUAUCCAACAGUUUCUCCUGAUCCUGACAUUGGUUCCCUUUACUUUGGAUUAUUGGUUGGAGGUUCACUUGAGAAUAGCUCAGUACUUGCAGCUGUGAGAUUGUCUCUCGACAUCAUCAAUAAUCGCUCAGACAUUUUGAGUGGAUAUUCUCUUCACUACACUCUGACUUAUUCUGGUUGCUCUGGAAGUGACUUGGUGGACAAGACCUUCACACAACUGGAUGGCAGACCAGAUAGCUGUAAGAAACUUGGCUUGAUCACUGCAGGUUGCACCAGCACAUCACUUGUUUCAUCUUAUGUGGGCAAUCACUUCAAUGUCCCUGAGAUACUGUGCUCUCAGACUGUACAAAGUGAUGCAAGAGAUUUGAAUGUGUUUAGAACUCAUCCCUCCAAGUUAGUGCUUGUACCUGCUCUCGUUAGCAUCAUAGCCUCUUAUGAAUGGACGAAAGUGGCUCUCAUGGUGGAGAACAAGCAAGAAUACACACCAAUUAUUAAAGAGUUGAAGGAGGAAGUUGUGGACCUGAACAUUACCUUCUCUGUCACAACUAUUGAUCUCCAAGGAGACUCGCUGAAAGUGAUCGGGAGCUGUGGCAAAGAUAUAUUUGACUCUGAUGUAAGGAUAUUCAUACUGGUGAUGUCUUCAGAAAUGACUCGACAUUUGCUUUGUCAGGCAUUCAAGCAAAGUAUGAAGUAUCCCAAACAUGAGUUUGUAUUGGUUAGUGAACAAAACAGCAACUGGUGGGUAUCAUCACAAUCAGAGGAUGGACGUUACGGCUGCUCUUCUAAUCAACGAGCUGAUGUGCUGAGCCAUUCACUUGGACUGCAACUAAAUCAAGAUUACAUUGUUCGUAAACAGCAGAAUAUUUCUGAGGAUGCUGAUAUCUCUAACUUUACUCGCGGAUCACAGGCUAAGUAUUGCUACGAUGCUGUCUGGACACUUGCUUUGGCACUCAACAAAACCGUGACAGAGUUUGGUGAUAUCAACUGCACUUAUCAAGACUCUCAAAUGGAUCAGUUGUACAAUAAUAUUCAAGAAACUGACUUCAUUGGAAAAACAGGUCAUGUGAGAUUUACCAAUGGCGGGGAGCGAUUGACUGAUGACAUUGAGAUACUGGUGAUACAAUAUCAAACUGAAGAGUCACAAUGGAGUAACUUGAAUGCUGUUACUAUAGGAUCCUACGUGCAGAGUGAAUUGACACUUUAUGACAACAAAACCAUAUGGCCAGAUGGAAUUCCAUAUGAUGGCAAACUUGUCAGUGUGAUAGUUACAGUGUCCACUCCAUUAGCUGUUGUUUAUUAUUUAUUCGCAACUGCUGGUAUCAUCUCAACACUAGUCUGUUGUGUAUUCAAUUAUGCCUACAGGAAAACAAAGAUUGUUCGACUAACAAGUCCCAACCUCAAUUACCUGAUAAUCAUCGGAUGUCUGUUCAUCUAUACCUCAGUGUACUGGUAUUUUAUUCCCUCAACAAACCCAGAUGUAGUACUUACAUCUUGUUGCUUUCAAAUUGGACUUCUGGGAAGUGGCUAUUUUCUUGUCAUGGGCACCAUCGUUGCCAAACUCUGGAGAAUCUAUUACAUUUUCAGAAAUCCAGACUCUGCUAAGAAGAGAGCUAUUACAGACUGCCAACUCCUCAUUUUUGUUCUUUUGCUGUUUUCUCUGGAGAUAAUUGUACUCCUCGUGUACUUCGGUGUGGAGACAGCUGCUCCAGGAUAUAGGUUGGAGAGAGUGCUUAAUCAGGACCAGCCGAGAGGGCUUGUUGGGGAACGAGAAAUCGACACACAAUAUGAAUUUUAUAGUUGCAGUCGAGUUCCCAACUCGCGAACUGUUACCUUGACCAUUUUAUAUGGAACAAUUGCAGUUUUACAGGUCUGUGCUUUAUUUAUGGCCGUCAAAACAAGAAAAGUUCAAAUCAAAGGUUUAAAUGAUGCCAAGUACAUUGCAGCAAUUGUCUACCUUGCAAGUCUCGGCUCUUUAAUCCAAUUAAUAGGAAUUUUCACCUUGAGAAAUAGAGUUAACACUUUCCCUGCUGUUGUGGUCACAUCUGCCAUGCUGGUGAUGAUAAUGCAGGGGCUGGUAUUCAUUCCCAAGAUGUUGAGCUUGUAUCAAGAUCCGGAUGGUAACCACAUCUUCAGCGUAAACGAUCCCCUUGGCAAAGUAGCUCCAAUCUCAACCAUCUUUGUGAAUGACGCUGGGAGAUCAGACCGUGAAGAAUGCCAAGAGUUGAAGGCCAAAGUGAAGAAGCUGGAACAAACGAUUACUGAGAAGCGUCAGAGGGAGAGAUCUGACAGAAAUCACAACGUGACUACCACUUUCUGUCGUCAUGACCACGGUGAGGAACACUCCGAGGACAUGUCUUUUGACGAGUUGGAAGGGACGUUGGAAGUGAGCUGGGCAGACGAUGGCUCCACAUUUCAUAUUGGUCAUCGAGUGUAGUCAAAAAGGGACUUUGAAAAACAGUUGUAGAGAUAAUUAGUUUGAUUGAACGUUUUGUUCUUCCAUUACAUUAUUUACUAGAUGAUUGUUCAUUAUAUCGAUCUGUAUAAUUAUAAUAUACACACCAUAAUAAUACGUUGAUCAACUUC